UGCAUCCUGGAAAUGAGUCAGUGCUGAGCUCAUAGGCACUGCAUGGCUGCAUCCUGGGCUGGUGCACACAGCAAGCUGAACAUUAACCCACUCCUGACCUCUGCCCGCCUCUCCAUACAUGACAGCCUGCUGGUUGUUCCCACUGAGUGAUGUGACAAGCUGCAGCUGAUCUACAGCAAUGUCAAUUCAGAUUGUGUCAAUCGGGAAAGACUACAAUGGAUUAUAUGAGGAUGGAACGGAUUUUAGUGUGCUCUCUUUAUAUCUUAAACAUCCAUAUUUUUAUGGGGACUUGCACAUAGAAGAAAGCCACUCAGUGUUCAAGGUCUAUAAAACCACAGCUCGGUCAAGGGACAAUGUGGAAAUUGUGGUGCAUGAGUGUCCGGACUGGGAUACGUUUGCCAGUGAUUUGCAGAGCUCUCUGGCCACGGUUGCAGGAGGAGAUAUCAUAUUAUUAAAGUUUGCAAUCGAGAACAAACCUUUAUUUCUGGAUAUUAAGAACAAUUUUCCUCCUUUGUUGAAACAGAUAUUCAGUCCCCGAUGUGUACCAGUAAUCGUAUUAGCAUUUGGUUUCAGAGAUCGACCAUCCUGCAUCUGCCCCAUGUGUACCUCAGAUAGAGAGGUAUGUGUUUCUCCCUUAGAAGGUCUUCAACUUGCCAAAGACAUAGGACUCGGCGCGACAUACUUAGAACUGCCUAACCUGUAUCCUAGAAAUGUUGCUAAAUACUUUGGAGGAGUGAUGGAAUACUACAUACUGCAGACUAUGAAACAAAAGUCAGCUGCUACUAAAUCAAGAAAGAGGAGUCAAGCACUCAAGGUUAACCCUCCCAAACUGGGACAACCUGAAAAGAUGCCUGACUUGAGGGAUGAGCCUUCACGGUAUAUUUCAGAUUUCAAAAACUUGCUGGAUCACGGCCAGUGUGUGGAUGUGGUCUUCUGCACGGCUGACAUGAAUCCGACGUCCGCAGCUCACAGAGUGGUGCUAUGUAGUGUGAGCUCUGUAUUUAUGCUGCUGUUUGGGGUGAUAUCUGCUAAAGACUCAUGCACACAAAAGACAGCCAAGUCCCUCUUCUCUGUGCACCAGGAGCCUGAAGUCUCCACUAGAAAUUCUCCAGUAAGAGUCAUUGUUAAAGAUGUCCUCUUCCAUAAAUGUUUACCUGACAUCCUUCACUUCAUAUACUCAGGUGCGUCAGAGUGGCAGCUGCUGGAACGUCAGCUUAAAGAGAAAAUGAACGAUGCUAAAGAAGUAGCACAUGUGUCCCACAUAGUACAAAGUUUGUUAAACAAACCAGAUACAGGUUCCGGAAAACAACUGCCAUUAUGGGAAUCUCUUGGAUUCUUUUUUAACAACACUUCACUGUCAGAUGUGAUCUUCCAGGUACAAGAUACUAAAAUUCCAGCUCAUCGGGCCGUGUUGGUGGCUCGCUGUGAAGUAAUGGCUGCCAUGCUUAGUGGAAGUUACAUGGAAGCAAAUCGUGCUCUUGUUCCAGUGUACGGCAUAUCAAAGGACACUUUCCUUGCUUUCCUGGAGUACAUGUAUACAGAUACCUGCUGCCCUGCUAGUGUUCUACAAGCCAUGGCUCUUCUGAUUUACUCUGAGAUGUAUCAAGUAUCUAGACUGCAACAUAUCUGUGAACGUUGUAUCACCACCCAACUCCAGAGUGUGCCUAGCAGAGAGCUGGCAUUGACCAGCCUCAAUGUGGUCAGUCUGCUCAGAAAGGCUAAGUUUCAUAACUUUGAAAACCUCUACACUUGGCUACUGCACUUUGUUGCCACGCACUACCUGAUCUUCAGUCAAAAGCAAGAGUUCCAAGAUCUUUCAGCAGAGGAACAGAAUUUCGUGGAAUCACACAAGUGGCCUUCAGACAGUUACCUGGCUCAGCUUGCAGAAUAUAGAAGAUACAUUUAUUCUCCAAGAUGCAGGUGUGCAGUAAUGUGACCAGCACACAUAUUAUCUACUAAUUAUCAAUGCAUAACAAUAUUGUACCAAUACACAUGGAGCACUGUACUGCCACCUUCCAGGUACUUUCCAAAAUACAGUAUAUUAAAAAGUGCUUGACAUUUUAGAAGAAUCUGGGGAGAAUCCCUGAACCGUCGCCCCUUUUGAUGGCCGGAACAGUACCUACCAAUGCUCUGAUCUGACAUGUUAGUACCUUGUUAUAACCUGAAUUACUCCAGCUAUACUGUUACCAUCUCCACCCUUAUUUCUAUGGCUAACAAAUCAUUCCAUAAAUC